GCUCUCUUCGCUCUCUUCUCCUUGUGUUUCCCCUUUGUCCGCCGACCGACUGCUCCUACCGUGAUUCAUCCGACAGAACUUGAUCGUUUUAACUCAAAAAUGUCAGCUCGCGGACCCCCACCGUCCUGCUUUACAGCGUUUGUCGGUCGAUCCGGGCUUAGCGGCGCUCCUGGCACGCGACUUCCGAACGUCCUCGGACAAAACCUCAACCCCAAACUGUCAAGUGGCCCCGAUCGGAAGCGAAGUGAUCGCGUUCCUAUAAAUUUUCGCCCCGCGCUUCUCCGACGCGUGAAAUGCGUCACCGACGUCCCGCGCUGUCACGGCAACUCGCGGAGGGAAACGUUAAUGAACAAUUAGAGCGACGCGUUAACGGACCGACAAACUCUUCGGUGCGCGGCUACAUCGCGAGGCUUGAACUGCGUUUCGUGAAAACGUGUCCCGUUUUGUAUGAGGAGUAGUAAAAUUUGGGCUCUGAAAUGAAUGCUUGUUGUACGUUCGUGGCUGGGUGAACUGUGUAAAUUUGGCGUGUUACUGUGGUGGAGAAGCACCGUGAGAAGGACACCGUGGACUUCUCAUCACGCCCCCCACCCCCAGGCCCGGGUUGUGCGCACCUGUGGUGUUCCCACAGGUGUUCCCCCAGGUACCCCUCCAGGUCCCCGCCUGGCGCGGCCAUGUGGCGGCGCGCUGUGAUUGGCUGCGCGCUCUUGGCGCUGUGCGCCGCGGCCCCGCCACCUCACAUCAACCGACUGGCGCUGUUCCCCGACAAGAGCGCUUGGUGCGAGGCCAAGAAUAUCACCCAGAUCGUGGGGCACACGGGCUGCCAGCCCCGCUCCAUUCAGAACAGGGCCUGCCUGGGCCAGUGCUUCAGCUACAGCGUCCCCAACACCUUCCCACAGUCCACUGAGUCCCUGGUGCACUGUGACUCCUGCAUGCCGGCACAGACCCAGUGGGAGGUGGUCACCCUGGAGUGCCCCGGGAACGAGCAGGCCCCCCGUGUGGACAAGCUGGUAGAGCGCAUCCUGCACUGCAGCUGCCAGUCUUGCAGCAGGGAGGCAGGUCAAGAGGGGGCGCUGCUGCAGCUGUACCCAUCUGAAACAGUCCCAGAGGGCCCGCCCUCUCCCGGCGAAGAAGAAUCCCAGCCACACGCCAAGUCCGACUCCAACUCCGAUGCGCAUCAUGAGCACGUGCACCCACACAUGGACCCACAACGGCACAUGCACACCCCUGCUGGCUAAGGGUUGGAGGGGAAAGGACGCUACUUACUGUCUUUCCUUAGUCCUCCCUCUGCGUUGCUUCCACCUCACAAUCUGGAUCUCCUCUUUUUUUCCCCUCCGUUCGAAUCCCUGUACCGAGAGAUGCCUUUGAAUCGCUUUCUUCGCUUUACACUUUCGCUGUCUUGACACAGCUGAAGCACUUUUAGAGUCGCAGUGUACAUACUACAUCGGAGCUUACAUAAACGCAAGCAUGCAGUGAGAUUCACAGACACACGAAUAGAGCUCACAACACACCGAAACAAAGAGGACGACGUGUGCAGUGGCACCCGGACACACACACACACACGCACACACACCCGCGCACAUAACGGUUACGCAAACACAAAGCGGGAAGACUCAGCGAGCAUAUGAAGAAGCAGUGUCCCUCUCACCCCCGCACUGAGCUGUGUGUGAUGGUGUGGCCUCUGCAGCCUCAGCACAGGGGUCGAGGAGUCAGGGCUCACCUUUCUUUUGGCUAUAGACUGUAAACCCUGUAAUCACUCCUGUGUAAACUCGUGUCCUGGAGUAUAAUAAACUAUAGAGUAAUU